AUGUCACCAGUCCUGAUUCUCUUGAUCUUUCUUCUGCAAAGUGGAGCUGGUGCAGAGGAGAUCAUCGGGGGCCAUGAGGUCAAGCCCCACUCCCGUCCCUACAUGGCAUUUAUUCAGUUUGUGUGUGAUGAUGUGGAUAUUUGUUGCUGUGGAGGCUUCCUGGUGCGAGACGACUUUGUGCUGACAGCUGCUCACUGCCUGGGAAGUAGUUCCCAGGUUUCCAUGAAAGUCACUCUGGGAGCCCAUGAUGUCACUACACAGGAGAAGACCCAGCAGAUCAUCCCUGUGGCUAAAGCCAUUCCACACCCAGACUAUAAUCCCAAGGACCACUCCAAUGACAUCAUGCUCUUAAGGCUGGAGAGGAAAGCCAACAGGACUAAAGCUGUGAGGACCCUCAAGCUUCCCAAGGUCAAUGCCCAGGUGAAGCCAGGGCAUGUGUGUCGCCUGGCUGGCUGGGGGUUAACAUCUUUCAGUGCCACUAGAGGACCUGCUGACCUCCAAGAGGCUAUAUUGAUUAUCCAGGAGGACCAGAAAUGCAAAUCAAAUUUCCACCACUACUCCAAUACCACACAGAUUUGUGCUGGAGACCCGAAGAAAACACAGGCUGCUUUCAAGGGUGACUCUGGGGGACCUCUUGUGUGUGACAACAGAGCUUAUGGAAUUGUGUCCUUUGGAAACACCGAGAGCAUCUCUUCAGGAAUCUUCACUAAAGUCGUGCCUUUCAUGCAAUGGAUAAAAAGAAGCAUGAAGCCCAUCUAA